CAGCAACUGCGGCGCUACGUGUUAAGCAUAUUGUUCAAGCAGCAGUGGGAGUAUGGGGCUGGAUGAUCUUUAAGUCAUUAGAUGCUACCGUUCGUAUCUUUCACACUGCGUGUCUUUGUGCUCGUGUGUGUCAGACAAUAAUGUGUGUGUGUGUGCGUGCGUGUGUGUGUGUGGCGUUGGGAGGGAGGGGACAAAGAAACAGAAAGAGAUCAGAGCGGAGAUGAGAUGAGGGGAACGCAGUGCAGUAAGAGCAGAUGGGCGGACCUAAAUUUCUUCUGCUUAAGAGUUUUGCAGAGGUCUAGCCCUGCAUCAAGUGCUGUGGCAAGGGGUGGGAGAGGAGGAAAGAGGAGGGACUGCACUCUCCACUCCCUCUGAGCGUGCCCAGCCUCGCCAGCCUGACGGAUCAUCUUCCGCUCCAACACCGCCUGUUCCUCCUCGCCGUGACUCAUGCCUAUUGUGUGUGGUGCACUCUGGCCUGCAGCCCCACAGGUGGUAUCGACUAGGGGAGAUUGUUCCCGCCAGGCUAGGCAGUGGAGCGCCGCACAGCGCGUCUUCCCGCCUCUCAGCCGCUGCCCAGCAAUUCCGACCCAGCGCCAGCAGGCCUGCUCGGUCGAUCUUCGAGCCUAAGAUGCGGCGGGGCUGGAAAAUGGCUCUGUCCGGGGGGCUACGGUGCUGCCGCCGUGUACUUUCCUGGGUGCCAGUGCUCGUUAUCGUCCUCGUCGUGCUCUGGUCCUACUAUGCCUACGUCUUUGAACUCUGCCUGGUGACUGUUUUGAGCCCAGCAGAAAAAGUUAUCUACCUCAUAUUCUACCAUGCCAUCUUUGUGUUCUUUACCUGGACCUACUGGAAGUCUAUUUUUACACUCCCACAACAGCCAAACCAGAAGUUCCACUUGUCCUAUACAGACAAGGAGCGCUAUGAAAAUGAAGAGAGACCUGAGGUCCAGAAGCAGAUGCUUGUUGAUAUGGCUAAGAAGCUUCCGAUUUACACAAGAACUGGGAGUGGAGCUGUAAGAUUCUGUGACCGGUGCCAUUUGAUAAAGCCGGAUCGCUGCCACCACUGUUCUGUCUGUGCCAUGUGUGUUUUAAAAAUGGACCACCAUUGCCCAUGGGUUAAUAACUGCAUUGGAUUUUCCAACUAUAAAUUCUUCCUUCAGUUCUUAGCUUAUUCUGUUCUCUAUUGCCUGUACAUUGCUACAACGGUCUUCAGCUAUUUCAUCAAAUACUGGAGAGGGGAAUUGCCUGGUGUUCGCUCUAAGUUCCAUGUCCUUUUUCUCCUCUUUGUGGCCUGCAUGUUUUUUGUCAGCCUUGUGAUUCUCUUUGGUUACCAUUGUUGGCUUGUCAGCAGAAACAAAACCACCUUAGAGGCCUUCUGUACUCCAGUGUUUAUGAGCGGCCCAGAGAAAAAUGGGUUCAACCUUGGCUUCGUCAAAAAUAUCCAGCAAGUGUUUGGAGAUAAUAAGAAGUUCUGGUUGAUACCUGUUGGGUCUAGCCCUGGUGAUGGACACUCCUUCCCUAUGAGGUCUAUGAAUGAAUCACAGAACCCAUUGCUAGCAAAUGAAGAGCCCUGGGAAGAAAAUGAGGAUGACAACCGAGAUUAUCCAGAAGGAUCAUCAUCUCUUGCCGUGGAAACAGAAACAUAGCAGCUUUUACAUCUCCUGCAUCUCUCAAACAGGACCCUCCAUCUCCAAUGAAGUUUACAGAGUUCAGUGUUGGGAACCAUUCUGAUCUUCAAAAUAAGUCACCAUGGCAGAUUGAAACUUCUUAAUUUGAAAGCAUCCCAUCAAAUACUUGCUGUGCAGAUAGAUGUUUCAGAACUUAUAAGUUAUUUAAUUUACUAGCUGAACUCAUCAAUCUGGUAGCAAUUAAUUCAAGCCAGUCUUCCUCUACUUCUUUCUUCAUUUCCUCUCCUCCACUCAGUGAAAGCCUAAAUGUACAUAUCUAUCUUUCCAGAGGCUCUUUUUAUUCCUCUUGUCAGGUAAAGGGGAACUCAAAAGACUCCCUGGGAGUCUUUAACUCCCCUAGAAAGACCGUUAAUCAUAUCUAUAGGUCUUUGUUUUGCUGAGGGGAAUCAGACAAGUUUGCUGCUUGUGCACAUGUGCAUUUAUAAGCAUACAUAUGUGCAACAUAUUUACACAAAAUUCUGCUGCUGUCUUGUGAAAAUUGAGGUUUGAAAAAAAUCUGAAUUUUUUUAUUCAAUCAUAUCUUUUUCCUAAAUAGCAAUCUAAAUGUUUGCUGAGCUGUGAACACCUUUUCCUAUAUCAGGUACCUAAAAUUUAAGAGGGAGAUUCAACACUGUGAUCAAGGUCUGUGAAUUGAGAAUUGAACAAUGUAAAACCUGUUCUCUGUCAUAGAUGUGUGGUGUUCCUGAAAGCACCACAGCUAAUAGAGAUCAGAUCAGAUUUCCAUUUUAUUUAACAUAAUGAUUAGAGUUUUAAAGACUUUUAAUACCAGAGUGUGGGAAAAUUCUCCAAUAACUUUUAUUCUUUUCUAUGCUACCUUGCUUUAUUUUAACCUUCAUGAAUUACUCUUAUGAUGAAAAAAAAAGCUAUAAGCUCAAGUUAUGGACCAAUGGUUUUGUUAAGAGGUUUAAGGAUGAUUUUCAGGUUUAAUUACAAUACUGUUAACAAAGACAAAAUUUCAUAUUUGAAAUUAGCUUAAGGAUUAGCACUAAAGAUUUUCUUUCACAACAGGAAUUAGUGUACAAAUAGUGAAAAAUCCAAUAGUAAUAUAUUAAUUCUUUCUCUUUUUUUCUUUCCUUUUUUUUUGUUUAGUUUCAAUAGUAGUGCAGCCAUUAAGAUAGUUUACAACGAUUUCCCAGUUUAUUUAUAAUACGCCUUUCUUUUAGUUCUAGUUCCUGAAUCAAUAAGUAUGGACAGUAAUGCUGCUUCUUCUCUAUGAUAAUGAUAAUAUCUAAGAGUAUUGAUGGUUUUCAUUUCUCAGUCAGUGCCAUAGUGCACAGCUGCUAACAAUAGAAGUUCCAACUCUUACAGAGAUCAGUGAGUUAGAGGCACCUUACUGAUAUCAAGUUGUUGAAAUCCUAGAGGGAUUAGGUUUGCUAAAGUAUUCUCUGAAACCUUUUUGAGUAAAAAAGAGUUGCCUGCCACAAACAAUUCAGUGUUCAGGCUCCAGUGGAGCUGUCAAUGUGCAUAGUCCAACUACUUAAAGCAAUGAAAAACCCGUUCAUUUGAAUUCUCUAGGUAAUUCUGGUCAAGAGAAGACUUUCAGCAUAAAUUAAAUGGAUUGUGGCCAUCAUCUCACCUGAGAGAAUACUAUACACGACUAUUAGUGCCAGGGGCUGUUUUUCAAACUCCAAUGGCAAGAACCAGCCUAGAAGACUCUACACACUGUUUCAUGAUAAAAUCAUAUAUGUUCAGAUGAGAAGAUUUUUCCCCUUCCUCUUUCCCUUCAAAACACUCUCUUUUUGGUGUUUAUCUUGAAAACAUAUAGAUCAUCCACAUGGUAUUGUGUUUGACAAGCCUUGCCUUAUAUUCAUAUAGAAAUGCACCUUUCCUAAAAGUAGGACUGUUGCUUACUCCAAAGCCAGUAGGCCUCAAAGCAACCUAUCCAGUCCAUCAUCUUCUGCCAAGAGUUUAGGCAGAACAGCUGCUAACUAUGAUUCAAAGCCGGGAAGGAAUCAAUAACUUAUUUAAUGAAUAGAGUGUAUCAGCACUCAUAGAAAUCAGUUCAUAAAAGACAAUGUCAGGGAACUAUGAAAAAGCAGUGGAAGGGUAAAGCUCAGGAAAGCUGUAAUGCAAAGAUGAUUGUUUAAUGUCUUACAGACUUAUACUGUCUUCAAAGGGCCAAAUAAAGCAGGGUUUUACCUGGGGACUUAGGGAAAUAAAGAAACCCUAUUCCUAUCUCUGAACCUUUAUUCCAUUAGUUUAUAGACUCUGUCCUUAUUAUAGCUCUGAUACUGUCCUUAUUAUAGGUCAUUGUGUAUUGAUUUCUGUACCUAAACAACCCCCCCCCAGUUGGUUGAUUAUUUAUAAAGAAAACAGAGAGGUUUGUUUGAUAAUUAGCAUACCCUGAUCUGGCUCCUUUGUUUGCUUUUCCUUGGGGACAUUUCCAAUAACCUCUGUGGGAUCUCAUCCCCCAGUCUUUAGUAGCCAUCUUCCCCAUUUACAAAACAAAGAUGCUCAUUGUUAGGCAUACAGGUGAAAGGUGCUAUGUAAUUCCCCAGUGCUCUUAUAUAUCCUUCAUUGCAGGGGUAGAAUUAAAAGUUUAAUCAGAACAGUAUUUCUAAACAAAUCAGUGUGCUCGAUUCUUUCUUCCUUGCUCUCAUUGAUGAUUUGUUCUUGCAGAGCUUACUAUUCAUUCUAACAGUGUCCUUGGAAAGAGGCAGAAUAGAAAUUAUUUUCCCCAUGGUACAAACCUGAAAAAUUAAGGGCAAAAGAAAUGAAGCACUCUUCAAAAGCACAUAGCUGUCUGGGACAGAACUCACAGUUGCCACAUCCAGUGCACUGUUAAAGUGACUUGGCUUCCCAGUACUGGAAUUAACAUGGAGCAGCUUAGAACAUUGAGAGUAACUAAGGCAGGAUCGUUUCUGAAGAGUCUUUUUCCAAAAUCUGAAAGUAUGCAGUUUAUACAAUUCUUAUUUUCUAUAUGAUAUAAAUGUAUUUUGUGCCUCUUUCCCCUUCUGGCCCCAUAUGACACAUUUAUUUCACACUACGUGGCAUCAGCCCAGGUCAUUUUGCCCUCUGGCACCAUUUUCAGGCCUGUCUUUUCCAGAUAAAAGAAAGUGCCAUGUGCUUCCUCAUGUUUAUGCCAAAUUACACAAAGUGUAGAUAUUGAGAUUAAUGAAGAUUUAAGCACAAUCCAAGUAAGUAUAAGAAUGUUGAAAUAUCAGUAACCUCAGAUAUGUAGAUGACACUACCCUUAUGGCAGAAAGUUAAGAGGCACUAAUUUAAUUAUUUAAAUGUGCAUCUGAAAUUUAAUGUGGCCCAAAUUCAUAAGUAUUAAUAACAGUCAUGCAAAGCCUAUCCCUUUCACAUAUCACAUACAUGUAUAUCUAUACAUAUUUGCACACUCACAGUGCCCCCAAAGCAGGCUGCCUGGUCAUUAGGAGCAGAUACUUUAAAGGAAUGAGUCUCUGUCCUCUUCUUUUACAAAAAAGUCCAACAGUCACUGCAAGUGAAGAAUAUUCCAUUCAUACAUUCUAGAACUUCUCCUGGAGUAAUUAAGGUACUCAGUUGGCACCAAAGACCUGUUCUAUGCCUCUAUCAAUCACCAAAGGCACAUGACAAGAUUGUUAGACCUUUUCACAAGUCUCAUGUUCUUAGAAAAUUCAUGAAUUCCAUCCAAUCAGUAGAAAAUUGUUUAUGAGGUAUAGUACAUCUGCAUUUUUUUUUAACCAGAGCUGUAAUGUACCAUAUUGUAGUCUUUUGCAUGCAGGUAUUAUGUAAUAUAAUAAUGAAUGGAUGGCUCCUAAUAGCAUGCAAACCAUGACUGUUUACUUCCCUAAAAGGGCUAGGGCUGUAUCCCACACAGUGUCCAAAACUAUUAAAUGCAUUCUUUGUAACAGCCUGAUAAACGGGCCAUCAGCAGAUUGAGUUAGACAUGUAAUGUAUUAGGAAAUAGAAUCUUAGUAGGGUAUGGUGUUAAAGGGAAAAAAAAAAAACAGUAAGAUAAGAUGCAUUUAAGAAGUAAUGACUGUCAUCCUGCUGGCUAAAUCAACAAAGGGACACAACAGGAAAGCUGGUCCUGGGUCUUGGUAAUAUAUAAGAUGGAUUGGAGAGCCAGAAAAAGAAAAGCACUGGGGACUUCAGCAGUUAAGCUCAAGUUGCCAAUUUGCUACAAAUCCUUUUUUCCACCAAUCUGCUCAAGGUAAUUAUAUAUAAUAUUAUUUAAACUAUGUGUCUUGCUACAGCAAUACCCACAAAUACUGACCAGCUUUAUCUUCCUAAGUCCUUUAUUAAAAGCAUAUGCAUAAAAUUAUCACUUCUUUCGUAUAUUAUGGUGUUGUUAAAGUGGUGGCAAAACUGAAAAUUUCAGACCACUUUGAUGGAAGUUUCUGUACUUCUCAUUUCAUGGAUGUAAUAGUAGAUUUUGUUCACUCCCAAGUUGAUUGGUAUGUGUGUGUCAACUUAAAAAAAUGCACAAUGUGAGAGUAAUGAGUUAAGUUUUUAUUUGGGGUAAAAUGAGGAUUGCAUCCUGGGAGACAGUACCUCAGAUAGCUCUGAUAAACUGCCUCAGAGGCAGCAGGGAGGUCAGUAUGUUUGUGAUUUUGGUAAGGGGGGAAUAUAUGCAAUCAAGCACAUAUUUUUCCAAAAGGUUUCUGCUAGUCUGGUGAAGUUUUCUACUAGUCACGAGAAACAGUCAUCAUCAUGCAGGAUUUUAGUGCUUUGAGGAUAAUAAAAGAA